UGUAAUUAUAUAUCGAAUUGAGCCCUAGAAUGGCGGUUGAAUGCUGCAGCUUCAAAGUUUAUCGAAAAUAUUUGAAAUGAUAAAAAAUACUAUGAAAAUUAAGUCAAUACUCGGUAAUUAAAUGUUCGCUACCUGAAAUUCGACCUAUCCAAGAUAUGUAAGAUAUGAGAAUUAUGCGCUAUCAUACAGAAGGUAUUCUGCAGUGGUUUCCUCUGUUAUGAGUUUUGCAGCCACUCCCAUGCAACUGAUUCUGAGAUAAAUAUCGAACAUUAUAGCGUAAAAAAAGUAAACAACUUGAGUAAGCAUUCAAGAUGAUUUCUGCUAUGCCAGCUGUUGCCCUCCGGCGAGAAAGGAAAAAAGAGAAAACUAUUAGCUCACAUGACAGCAUUGCAUCAUUGUCUCGAGGACGUGGAUUUGCAAAGCGUUCUCGUACACAAAGCAUCAGUACUAUAUCCAGUUUGGCAGAAAAUCAUCUCGACGUGAGGUACCGAAAAUCACGAGCUAAUGUAUUUAAAAUGGACGAACAAAAACUGAGAUUACUUAUAUACCUAGGAACCGUCCUGCUAGUGGCAGGACUGGUCCUUGUUUUUCUAGGAGUAGGUGCUGGAGUAAGCACAGCCCAGACGAUAGGCCUGGUGUUCAUUGGAUUCGGCGCCCUGCUCUGUUUUGUGAAGGUAUUCGUUUCAGAGCAACAGGCUACACUAAUCAAACGUCCCAAGAUAGCAAGUGUCUCCAAAGAUUCCUUAUACACCAUGACGGCAACUUCCACCAACACCACUUCUCCUGGGGAUCAGUCAACAGACUUCGCAUCACUUCCAAUACAAAGAUCGCCAAUGUCACCAGCAGAGGAAAGUGGCGCCACCACUCAGAGUGACCAUAGCAGAAGUUUGACUCCGACUCGUCUCAACAGUAUUCCUGAAACCCAGGUCUUGCUUGUGGAUGAAGAAAAGAGCGACAAAUUUUAAAAUAUUAUUAAGCAGUAAAAACAAUAACAAAAAACAACAUAUUUAUAUAAAUUAUAUGCAAAAUAAAGCUUAAAGAAUCAAUAUUUUGGAGUGUUAGAAAAGGUAUCAUUAUCUAACUUGGCCAUAUGCUGGCUUACGAAGUGUACGAAGUACAAAGCUGAAGUCUUUCAUAAUGUGAUACUGUAUGAUUGGACAAAAUCUUUCUUGUGUUAAAACGAUCAAACUUGGCAUGGACAGAAUUAACGUUUAUGAAAAUCAUUGAUAAUUGAGUUUAAUGACGGUUCGGAAAUGAUAGUGUUCCUCUACUUGUGAAAUCCUUCUGCUUACUGCAGAAAACCAUUUUUUAUACGGAUUUAUCUGGUACUUCAGAGUACAAUAAAACAUUAUUAAUUUUCAAUCAAUUUUAAUUUUACCACGCUUUUCAGAGCAAUAAUUAUUUCGGAAUAGUAUUCUUGAAUAACAAUUCAAACUUGUGUUGUUGUUUGUUUGUUUUUCUGCUCAUUUGAAAUAAGUAGUUUAAUGAUAACUUAACUGUGAAUUGAAUUUUUGUCGUUUACGUAGUUUAUUAUCUUUACUUACAAUUAUAAAUUGUAAAUGUAGAAUAAGUAAUGAAAAUGAUUGACAUUUCUUUAAUCUUUUGAAUUUUUAAAUGUUAGAAAUUGUCAUGUGAUUUAAAUGUCAGUUUUCUUCAAAUAUAUUUUAAUUUCAAGAGCCAUUGAGUUUCAAAGCAUUAUUCUAUUUCAAACAUUAACCAUUUUCUUCAACUUAGAACUUUUCAAUAACUGCCACAAAAAAAAGAUCAGAUUCCACUUUCACUUCUCUAAUUCAAUCAUCUGCCUUAGAAAAUACCUAGACUUCAUUUAUUAUUUGUGCGAAAAGAGUAGAAUAUUUAAAGGUUAAGUCCCAGAUGCCUUUGCUGAAUCUUUAGAAAGUUUUAGAGUAUGCUGUGCACCUAAUAUAGCAGUCAUGAUUUAUAUAUAUUCACUUUAAAACCAAUGGGAUGUGUCAAAUGUCGAUAUUUACUGUCUGAUAACUAACAUUUGUACAUCCAUGUUGUUAAAGUUCCAAAUGACAUAGGGCUUAGCGUGGCCUUGAGUUAGGGUUUUGGGCUAGGUAACGUAAAGUCUGGGAUUCAAGACUUCUUAUCGCUAAUCAUGCUCUCCAUUUUCAGUUGUGGGCGCGCUAUAAGAGUGACAACCAGCACCGUUAUCCGGCUCAAAAAAGCCUGACAAAGACUUUGUGGGAAGGCGGGUACUGCUGGCUGGCCUCUUUCCCUCAGCUCUGUUGUUCAAAUUAAUGGACAUCUAUGCCUGAAUUAUUGGGAUCUCUGACCUGGAAAUUUAAUCUAUAAAUAUACAGAGUGACGUUCAGAAUGACAAUUUUAGUUCUAUUCCAAGUUAGAUUGUCAGAAAGUUACCUUCACAUUUUCCUUUAUAGAGCUUCGUCUAAAUUCUUUAGAUUCAAAGGUGGGUAAAAGAAAACGAAAACAGUAUUUUGUCGGAGAUAAAAAGCGAAAACAACAACAUAAAACAAAUGGUUAAAUACAGUAAUAAUUUCGUAAUUAUAAGUAUCAGUGUAAGUGUAUCUUAAAAACGUACGAAAACUCUCGAUGUUAACACAUUUUAAAUGACAAAUGUUGAUAUAGAAACAUUAUAUUAAUCUUCAAACUGAUCCAAGUUUAUUGUUACGAUAAAAAACAAAAACUGUUUU